UUAAAAAUGAGAUCAGAACUUUUGUAACCCGAACCGGCUAUUGACCCGAGAAUCAGCUGCUGGUGCCCUUCUGCCAGUGCCACAGAGAUUUAUUAAGGUGAAAAUGGCUGAUGGACCCGCCCCGGAACCCGGAUCCUCAAGCUUCUCCUCCGCCGUCAACGGCGGCAAAACCCUGGAGGAAUGCCAAGACAUGAUUCAACGAAGCCUCCGGAUUCCAAUGGUGAAAUUUCUGUUGAAGCAUUUGGAGCAAGCCGGAUGUGGGAUUGGGGACAGGUUCAUCAAGGCCGUUCAUUGCGACAAGCAGAUUGCUGGCGGUUAUGCCCGUGGUGAAGGGAUACUGGUAUGCGGUAAUCACAUGAACAUUCAAGAUGAAGUCAACCAAGUGGUGAUACAUGAGCUAAUUCAUGCUUUUGACGAUUGUCGUGCUGCAAACUUGAACUGGGCUAAUUGUGCACAUCAUGCUUGUAGUGAGAUUCGUGCUGGCCAUCUAAGCGGUGAUUGCCACUAUAAACGGGAAUUGCUGAGGGGUUUUGUAAAGAUUCGAGGUCAUGAACAAGAUUGUGUGAGACGAAGAGUUAUGAAAUCAGUCAUUGCUAAUCCUUAUUGCUCAGAAGCAGCUGCAAAGGAUGCCAUGGAAGCUGUUUGGGAUGUUUGUUACAAUGAUACACAGCCCUUUGACAGAGCUCCAUAAGUUACGGUUAUAGGUACCAAACCAGCUGCCACUUCAAGUUUUUAUUAUUUGGCAUUGUGGGAGCCUCUGGCCCGUGAAGAGAAACAGUGCCAUUCCCUGAUUUUUUAUUAGUUGCAUAAGAUAUAUUUCAAUUGGAAGUUCAUUUUAUUCGAGGAAUUUCCUCAAAUUUUCUAUUUAAGAUGAAUACCUUUCUUUUUCAGAUGUCAUACCAAUUGUACACGAAUGACUAAUGUUGUUUUUUGUGUUUACAUUCCAAAAUAAUAAGAUUUUCUGUCGUUU